AUGGAUAAGCUGUGUUUACGAUCAUGUAUAAAAACUCGUUUAUUAUUAGGCUUAACAGCUACAGAAAUUCAUAAUGAAUUAACUGCUGUUUAUGGACCAGAUGUAGUUUCAUAUAAUACAGUUAGUCGGAGGAUUCAACGAUAUCCAAAUGAGCGAGAGUCCUUAGAAGAUAAUCCUCGGAGUGGUCGUUCGUUAUCCGCCAUCGCUCAACAAAAUAUUGAUGGUGUUAAAGAUCUAAUGAAUGAUGAUCCAAAUAUUAUUAUUGAUUAUAUAGCUACCAUCCUAGACACAGUUAUUACAUCACUGAUUGUAAUGGAUACUCGAAGAUAUCAGUAA